CCAGAGGGAAGGUGAAAUCAUGUCGUUAUAGUUAGAAUCCGCAGGGCUGAACUCAGGACCAGCAUGAACAGUAUCCCGUUACAGCAGCGGUUCGACACAAUUCCCCUCCGACAGCAGAGCUCUAUUUUGGUCUCCACACUCAGCUGAUUGUGGGCCUUGAAGCUUCUGUCCCUCCCUGUACACUUUUUUUUCUUCUGCAGUUCUUAUAAGGAGACGAGGGAGUUGCCUUGCAGUGAGAGGGAUGGAGCCUAUAUCUGCUUUCAGUCGGAGUUGCGGAUGUGAGACACUUUAAGACACCAGCAGUGCAGUUCGAGUUGUUUAUUGUUUGGAUCCGGCGAGGAUGGAGACGAGCCCCAUCCCGGUGGUGACGGUCCAAACCGCCCCCUUCGAAGACCAGCGGCCCGGUACGAGCGGGCUACGGAGGAAAACGGCGGUGUUCGAAGGGAAAAAGAACUACCUGCAGAAUUACGUCCAGAGUUUGCUGUCCUCCAUCGACCUGCGGGACCGACAGGGAUGCACCAUGGUGGUGGGCAGCGACGGCCGCUACUUCAGCCGGACCGCCAUCGAGGUGAUAGUGCAGAUGGCAGCUGCCAACGGGAUUGGUCGCCUGGUGAUCGGCCACAAUGGUCUCCUGUCCACCCCUGCUGUCUCCUGCAUCAUCAGGAAGAUUAAGGCCAUCGGUGGCAUCAUCCUCACUGCCAGCCACAACCCUGGUGGUCCAGGGGCAGACUUUGGGAUCAAGUUCAACGUGGCUAACGGAGGUCCAUCUCCUGACACAGUGAUGGAGAGGAUCCACCAAGUUAGCCGGACACUGGAGGAGUACGCCAUCUGUCCUGACCUCCGCAUUGACCUUUCCAGGCUGGGGCGACAGGAUUUUGACUUAGAGAACAAGUUUAAGCCUUUCCGAGUGGAAAUCGUGGAUUCUGUUGAGGUGUAUCUCCAAUUGCUGAGAAACAUUUUCGACUUUGGUGCCAUUAAAAGCCUCCUUACAGGACCAGACCAACUGAAGAUACACAUAGAUGCAAUGAACGGAGUGAUGGGCCCAUACGUGCGACGGAUUCUGUGCGAUGAGUUAGGGGCCCCUGCUAACUCUGCUGUGAACUGCGUCCCCCUAGAGGACUUUGGGGGACAUCCUCCGGAGCCAAAUCUGACUUACAGCACCUCACUAGUGGAGGCAAUGAAGGGAGGAGAUUUUGGCUUUGGUGCUGCCUUUGAUGCCGACGGGGAUCGGUAUAUGAUCCUUGGAGAAAAUGGAUUCUUCAUAAACCCGUCAGAUUCCGUCGCCAUUAUGGCCGCCAACCUCCAAUCUGUCCCCUACUUCAGACAGCAGGGGGUCCGGGGCUUUGGCAGGAGCGUGGCAACCAGCACCGCCAUCGACAGGGUAGCCAAAGCAAUGAAACUGGCGCUUUACGAGACCCCCGCAGGCUGGAGGUACUUUGGAAACCUGAUGGACUCUGGACGCUGUUCCCUCUGCGGAGAGGAAAGUUUCGGCACAGGUUCUGCCCACAUUCGUGAAAAAGACGGCUUGUGGUCAGUGCUGGUGUGGUUGUCCGUCAUGGCCGCUAAAAAACAAAGCGUGGCACAGAUAGUGAGAGAACACUGGGCCAAGUUUGGUCGCCAUUACUUUUGCAGGUUUGACUACGAAGGCCUGGACCCGCGCACCGCCUUCUACAUGAUGCGAGACUUGGAGGCGGUCAUCUCUGACAAAGCCUUCACCUGCCAGAAGUUUGCUGUGGGAGAUCAUUUGUACAGCGUGGAGAGGGCCGACAACUUUGAGUACAUCGACCCUGUGGACGGAACAGUGGCCCGAAACCAGGGUUUAAGGAUCGUCUUCAGCGAUGCUUCUCGCCUGGUGUUUCGCAUGAGCGGGAGCGGCGGAGGGAUGGGCGCCACCGUCCGAAUAUAUGCCGAGAGCUUUGAGAGAGACCCGGAGAGGCACAACAGGGAGACUCAGGUGGUACUGGGUCCCCUCAUUGCAAUCGCACUCAAGAUCUCCAACAUCCAUGAGAGGACAGGACGUCGUGGCCCCAAUGUCAUCACAUGAACCACGUCACACCAACCAACCAUACACCUUAACAACGCUCUGUGGUCAUCUGUUUCUGCUUAUCCGACACAUGCCUUCACCCUAGCAUCAGUCCACUUCCACCUACUAAGGGGCCUUCACUCCAUAAAUAUUGCAAAUUUGACUGAAUACCAAAGAGCAACUAUGUAAUAAAUGUGCAUGUGAGUUUGACCAUUGUA